AUGCAAAAGUGGGUUAGCUACCCAUCUCUUCAUAUUGAAAAUGUGGUAGAUAAGCAAUCAAAGCAACAAGUGAUGGACAAUCGGUUGCGACUUACAACCAUAAUAGAGAGCAUUCGGUAUCUAGCAAAUCAAGCAUUGGCUUUUCAAGGUCACGAUGAAUCCAUUGACUCAUCUAACCGGGGCAAUUUCAUUGAAAUCUUAAAGUCUUUUGCAAUAAUGAAUAUAGAUGUUGAGAAAGUUGUUCUAGAUAAGGCUCCUCAUAAUGCUCAGUAUAUUGCCCAUGAUAUACAAAAACAAAUCUUGCAUAUUUUUGCUACCAAGGUGAAGAAGAAAAUUUGUACCGAACUUUGGAAGAACAAAUAUUGUAUUCUUGUUGAUGAAUCACUUGAUGAAUUAGGUAAGGAACAAAUGGCUAUUAUUCUAAGAUUUGUUGAUUGUGAUGGAUUUAUUCGUGAACACUUUUUCGAUAUUGUGAGUGUCGUAGACACUAAUGCCUUAACUCUUAAACAAGAGAUAUGCAAAGUGCUUGAUAAUAACGGCAUUCUAGUGGAAAACAUGCGUGGCCAAAGGUAUGAUGGUGCUAGUAAUAUGCGUGGUUCAUGGAAUGGAUUACAAGCAUUGUUUCUUCAAGAUUGUCCAUAUGCAUAUUAUGUGCAUUGCUUUGCUCAUCGCUUGCAAUUAGCAUUAAAUGGUGCGGCUAAAAAUGUGAAGGUUGUGUGGAGAUUUUUUUCAAUGUUGACUAACAUUGUGAAUUUUGUUCGUACUUUUGCUAAGCGCCGUAAUGAGUUAAAUUUAAUUCGAAAAGUUGAACUCAAAGAGUUGUUGGAUUCUGGGGAACUAGAGACAGGUAGAUGA